UUUUUUAUAAUUGUUAAAUUUCUUGCUUGAUAUCAAUCAAUUCGUCCUAAAUCGCUAAAAUGGUCAACGCAUAUUUCAUCGUCUCUGCGAUUGUCGCUAUCAUUGCUGUUGCGCUUGGAGCGGCUUAUACUACGGGUGCUUUGGAUCCCAUUAUUGAGAAGAUUGGCGUCAUGUUGUUCAAGGCGGAGGCUAAGGCCGAGGAGAAGAAGAUGGAGGCUGAAGGGAUGAAAGAAGGAGAGGAUUUCUUGGCUGGUCAACUCAAGGGAAAUGUGCGCGCAGAUGAUGUGAAGCAAGGUAUUGGAGCAAUUGGGGGAUUGAAGAAAUUCUAAAAUCGUCCGAAGUUCCUUCCGAACAGGAGGAUGGUUCGCAAGGCAUGGAUUGAGAGGAACCGGCGGUGAUGAUGGGACGAAACAAAACGAAACAUGGCGUAUUUGGGAAUUUAUGUUUGGAUGAACAGUAUCGCGACGCGCAUAGCUAUGAUUGGAAUAAAUGGAUCUUCAAGACAACCUUGAUUAGGAAACGUCUCUGAAAUUAAUUGUAAUCUUACCUACCAUACCAAAUGUUGUUUGAGUUCAAUAUAUAACUCAGGGCGGUGUCUCAUAGCAAUGAAAUGAAGUUUGGACCAAACU